AUGAGGCACUCAGCUUACGGAGGACUGAGAGGUGCCGUUGCUUUCGCUCUGAUUGCAGUCCUCAAAGACGAGGGAAUUGGAAAUCUACCCCUUCUUAAGACCACCACUUUGUUUGUCAUCUUAUUUACUGGCGCCACAACUAAACCAUUACUUAAUUAUCUGAGAAUUAGAAAAGAGGUGAAAGAAGAGGCACAACUGUUUCAUUUGAUUAAUGCUAAG